UCCUCUAGAGUUGAUCAUGUUUAGUUUUAGUAUUCAAAAUAUAUUUUACUAUGUGUAUACUUUUACAUAGUAUAAUUUCUUAUUAUAUUAUUUAAAAAUUAGACUCUGUUUUUUUUUUAUGAUUAUAGGUAUAUAUUUUUAAUUAAAUAUCGCGAGAAAAUUAUUAGCCUAGAAUGAAAACUCGAUUUUCCACAAUAGAUGUUAUGUGCAUCGUUAAUGAAUUGCAAAAAUAUAAAGGAAUGAGACUACAGAGAGUUUAUGAUAUCGACCAUAAAACUUAUUUAUUUAAGCUACAGCUCAAUAAUGAAAAAUGUGUCCUAUUAUUAGAGUCUGGUAUCCGUUUACAUGCCACUAAUUAUGAAUGGACAAAAAAUGAUGCACCAAGUAGUUUUAGUAUGAAGUUAAGAAAACAUUUGACUAAUAAACGGUUAGAAAAUUUAACACAAAUGGGAUUUGAUAGAAUUAUUGAUCUUCAAUUUGGUGUUGGAGAAGCAGCUUAUCAUGUUAUAUUAGAGUUGUAUGACAAAGGAAAUAUUAUUUUAGCAGAUAAAGAUUAUAUCAUGAUAAACAUAUUACGUCCUCAUAAUGAAGAUGAAAAACAAAAAUUUUUUGUUAAAGAAGUAUAUCCAAAUUGUAGACCUAAAAAUCGUCUAAGGCCUCCAACUGAAAAUGAGUUAAAUGAAGUUUUUCAAACAGCGAAACCAUCUGUUAACCUUAAAAAGUUCAUCUUCUCUAAUUUUCCUAAUUGUUUAGAUUAUGGCAAUUGCUUAUUAGAACAUAUGUUAAUUACUGGUGGAUUUACCCCUAAUACCAAAAUUGGAAUUGAUUUUAAUAUAAAUACUGAUGUUAAAAAACUUCUAUAUUGUUUCAAUAUUGCUGAAAUAUUUUUAGAUAAUAUAGCCUCAUUGAAGAAUGGUUAUAUUAUACAAAAGAUUGAUAAACAAGCAAUGCCAGAUGGAACAAUAAAAGAGUUAUGUACUAACCAAGAAUAUCAUCCAUUUUUAUUUGCACAACAUCUAAGUUUACCUUCUAAAUCUUAUGAUACCUUUAAUGUGUCAGUAGAUGAAUUUUAUUCCAAUUUAGAAAGUCAAAAAUAUGAUAUUAAAUGCAUGCAACAAGAAAAAGGUGCUGUUAAAAAACUUCAAAAUAUUGUUAAAGAUCACGAAGAAAGAGUAAAAAAACUACAAGAAGCUCAAAAUGAAGAUAAAACAAAAGCUGAAUUGAUUACAAAUAAUUUAGAUAUUGUGGAUAAUACAAUAAUGUUUGUAAGACAAGCAUUAGCUAAACAGUUACACUGGGAUGAAAUUUGGGAAAUGAUUAAACAAGUAAAUAUUGAAGAUGAUGGUGAAACUUAUGCAAUUGUUAAACAGUUAAAACUUAAUGUUAACCAUGUAAUGUUAGAAUUACAUGAUCCUUAUGAAGAUGAAGAAAAAAGUAAAUUAGUGGACAUUGAUUUGGGGCAGUCUGCUUUUGGAAAUGCUCAAAAGUAUUAUGGAUCAAAAAAGCAGUCUGCUGUUAAAGAAAAAAAAACUAUUGAUUCUUCUAGUACAGUUUUAAAAAUGGCUGAGCGUAAAACCAAGCAAACCUUAAAAGAUAUGCAAGUUGUAGCAUCUAUUAACAAAGUUCGCAAAACAUACUGGUUUGAAAAAUUUUACUGGUUUAUUUCUUCUGAAAAUUUUUUAGUUAUUGCUGGCCGAGAUGCUCAUCAAAAUGAAGUAAUAGUUAAAAAGUAUAUGAAGGCAUCUGAUGUUUAUGUGCAUGCUGGUUUUAGUGGUGCAACUACUGUUGUUAUAAAAAAUCCUACUAGCCAACCAGUUCCACCUGCAACAUUGAAUGAGGCUGCUAUAAUGGCCAUUUCCUACAGUGUUUCUUGGUCUAUGAAAAUAAACAUACAAAAUGCUUAUUGGGUAAAACCAGAACAAGUUACUAAGACAGCCCCAACUGGAGAGUACUUAACAACUGGUAGUUUUAUGGUUCGUGGUAAAAAGAAUUACUUACCAGCAACUCAACUUAUUCUAGGAUUGAGUUUUCUUUUUAAAUUAGAAGAUGGUUCUGUUUUUAGGCAUAUAAAUGAACGAAAAAUAAAAGGACAAGAUUUAGAAUGCUUAGUUCCUAUUGAAGAAAACACUGAGGAUCUUGAAAAUGUAUCUAGUGAUGAAGAAUGUGAAAAAGAUAUUGAAAUGAGUAUAAACUUACUUAAUAAUAAUAAGUCAAGUGAAGUACUGAGAGAUGGUGAAGAAGAUGAUUAUUCUGAUAAUUGUUUACAAAAUAAAUUACAAAAUGAUGAAAAAAAAGCUGAAAUAACAGAUUCUUCAAGCUGUGGAGAGAGUAACAAUGAAUCUGUAAAUGAGUCAGAUGAAAAACACGAGGGAUCAGCAGAAUUAGAAAAAAUAGAAGUGGUUGUGAAAAAUGAUCAAUCUUUAGUUAUUGAAAAUUCCUUGAAUAAAAAUGAAAAAAAAAAUCAUCAAGUUUUGAAGCGUGGACACAGAGGAAAGCUAAAAAAAAUCAAAGAAAAGUAUAAAGACCAAGAUGAAGAUGAGAGAGAAUUGCGAAUUAAGCUUUUGCAGUCAUCAAUGAAUGAAGAUAAAAAACUAAAACGUUCAAAAAAAAAAGAUAAGAAAAAUAAAAAGACUACUGAUAUGAAAAAUAAAGCAGCUGGAAUAAAACCUGUUAAACCACUUCCUAUUGUUAAAUCUAUAGCAGCCCAAUCAAUUAAAUCUACUGUUAAUGAGCAAAAUAUCAAAGAGGCUAAUUUUAAUGAUAACUCAGAAGAUGAUGAUGAUAGUAAACAAACUGACCCAACAGAAACUCAAAUGUUAGAUUCUUUAACUGGGGCUCCACACAUUGAAGAUGAGUUGCUUUUUGCAGUUCCUGUAGUAGCUCCGUAUAGUGCUCUUACAAAUUACAAGUAUAAGUUAAAGUUGACGCCAGGAAAUACUAAACGAGGUAAAGCUUCAAAAACUUGUCUUAAUUUAUUUUUAAAAGAUAAAACUGCAACGACACAUGAAAAAAAUUUAAUGAAAAGUGUUAAUCUACAAGAUAUAGCAAGAAACAUACCAAAUGGUGUAAAACUAUCUGCUCCGUCAUUAAGCAAAGUUUUAAAUAAAUAAAUUGUUAUUUCUUCAUUAAUCAUUUUAUUUAGCUUUCAAUAUUUGAAGCUAAUAUAAAUGUAUAAUAUUAAUUUAAAAAUAAAUGUCAACUCCAACUUGUUUA